AUGGUAGGUUUCGAUGACACGCUCCUCCAAACAUCUCUUGUGGACGCCUUCCUUCGCAUUUGGCCUUUCAAGGCGGAUGUUUAUGAUGAUGGUUCAGGAGUGUGCGCUGCCUUUCUUGCUAACCUGGAUGACAAAACUGACAAAAAUGUUGUGUUCCGGAAUGUGGCAUAUCACCUGCCUUCAUGGUCAGUCGGCAUUCUCUCUGACUGUAUGAAUGUUGUGUUUAACACGGCGAAGGUAGGUCCCCUUGCUUCUGUAGUUGAAAUGGUACCCGAGGAGUUGCAGCCAUCGGCCGCAUCACCAAGUAAAGGCUUGAAUGGUCUUAAAUGGGAUAUAUUUACGGAGAAUGCUGGAGUUUGGGGAGUGGCUGACUCCACUAAAAAUGGUUUUGUGGAUCAAAUAAACACCACUAAAGAUACUACCGACUACCUGUGGUGUACAACAAGCAUAACUAUUGGUGAAAAUGAAGAAUUUCUGAAGAAGGCAAGCCGUCCAGUCCUUCUUAUUGAGUCAAAGGGUCACGCUCUUCAUGCAUCUGUGAACCAAAAACUUCAAGGUAGUGCUUCUGGAAAUGGCUCGCAUUCACCCUUCAAAUUUAAGAAUCCAAUUUCUCUGAAGGCGGGAAAGAAUGAAAUUGCACUGUUAAGUAUGACAGUGGGCCUACAGAAUGCAGGAGGAUUAUAUGAAUGGGUAGGAGCAAGGCUAACAAGUGUCAAGAUCGAGGGGAUCAACAAUGGAACAAUGGAUUUAUCUAUGACUAAGUGGACCUACAAGGCAUUUUGCUUUAUUGAGUUUGAACUGCAAUAAUCUCUCUUCAUAUUU